GCCACACAAAUAUAUUUGUUCGUCUCAGCAACACUACAUCUCUCGUCACCAUCUGUAUGGACUACCGACUACCAUGCAGCCGUCGAAUCUGGAUGAGUCCCCAUUGCGAGGGCUACUGGCCAUGUCACCCUUGCCUUCUUCGUCUCCCCUGUCGAGUCUAUCAGCACUUUCUCCCAUAAAUCAGCUCUCGAAGCGAGAUGCCCAGGAUCCAAGCAGUGCUGAGUCCUCACCUAUGGAGCUCAAUGCAGAUCUUCCGAGCGCAGCUGGUGCAGAUGCUGCAAACCUGCCCUCACUGUGCUCCCCUAUUCCUGCGGGCCAUGGGGCCGACCUGGAGCCCACGACUCCUAUUGCAUUGGGUUCUGCUGCUCAGUUGCAUCUCAGUAGCAGUGGACCUUUUAGGUCGACACCUGUUGUCGGAACUCCACAAACAAAACUCAAAAUCAUUCGAAAGAAGGCGCAAAAGAAACGGGUCGGUACCCUUGCACGCCUGCGAGAGGAUCGCGAGCUCAGAGAUGUUGCCGCCGCAAACGCUGCUUAUCAAGCCGCAAUUGCUGCAGAGGUCGAAGAACGUACUCUCGGAAACAUCAACAGUGACAGUUUCGCGGAGGCAGUGGCCGAUCCUCAGCCUGUAUGUCCUGUCAGCCCUAUUCCACGUCCUCGCAAUGAGGUACUCGAUGAGACUCUCGCCCUCCUCAAGAGGCAUGAUUUAACUUGGG